AUGCCAUUAAUAACGCAUAGAAAACUUUACGAAAAAAAAAAUGAAUGUCAUAUAGCCGUUGGUCAUUCUGGAAGAGAUAAGACAUGGGCUCAGGUUAAAAGUCGUUUUUCUGGCAUACCUCAACAAGCUGUCUCAUUAUUUAUUAACAUGCGUGAUGCAUGUCAAAUACGAAGAUCUCUUCCAAAAACACCUUGUGGGAAACCGAUUAUUUCGAUAGAAUUUUUAACUAGAUUACAGGUUGAUCUUAUUGACAUGCGUAGUGUCCAAUAUAAUGGAUUUAACUUUAUAAUGCAUGUGAAAGAUCAUUUUACAAAAUUGAGUUGGCUAUUUUCAUUAUCAUCAAAAGAAGCACGUCAUGUUGCAUUUAAUUUAAAAAAUAUAUUUUAUACAUUUGGUCCACCAAAAAUAUUAAAAUCGGAUAAUGGGAAAGAAUUUGUGUAA